AUGAAGACGAGCAUUCCGCGAAUCGCUCUCAACGGCGAAGAAAAGCAGCUGCGAGCGAUCAGCGUCGCGUCGUCGUCGCGCUACGAUGAGCCGCCGAGUCGCACGGCGAGUUCGGAAAGCUCGCGAUUCUUCUCGAUCGCGCCGACGGCCACGCUCGCCAGCAUGGGUCGCAAGCGUCGCAUGUCCGAGGCCUUCCUUCGCAAGUCCGUUUUCUUACCAUUUUUGAUUUUUUAACCUGUCAGUUUGUCUUGAAAAAAUUUUGUUAAAGAUUUAAUCUACCUUGAAAAUCAGUAAACCUGACUUCUUUAUCAGUUGCAUAAAAUAUCAAAAACUGCUAGUAGACGGGCAUCACGAUUUUUUUUUUAGGCUUGAGUUAGAAUCAGUGCUUGAGUGUUUGAGAUGUGAGGUGAAACGUGAAAAAAACAGAAAGUGAGUUGAAACGAUAUAUAUAAAAAAAUACAAAAAUGAAUAAAUUUCUUUUUUUAAACUUUUUUUUCGGUUCUGGAAUCUUGACUGGAGGAAUUAUGUUUAUUAGUUAUCCCAGCGCAGCAAAAACUAACUCUCAAUUUUUUUGUUUUUUUAUUUUAUGGCUUCUAUGUAGUGAAAAAAAGUUGCAAGCUUGUUUUUUUAAAUAUUUUUUUCGACGUUCAAAAACUUUUUUUCAAAAAAAUUUUUUUAAAUAUGUCCUUUUUUUUCUUAUGAGGAGUUAGCAUAAGAGUUCUCCAAAAAAGCAUUUCGAAUGCUUAUUCUACGAUAUUUUGAUUAUGUUAAUUCUGCCAAAACGAUUUUAGAUGAAAUAUAGGGCUAAUUGUAAAAAUAAUGAUAGAUAAAAUCAGAGCCCACAUAGUUGAAUCAAAUCAGUUUCUCCUUUGGUUUCGAGAAUCUCAAGCCUGAAUAAAAUGAAAUCACUUUUCAUAUGUUUGCUCAGUACAUCCUGAAACUUUUAUUAUGUUUCUCAACUUUAUUUGAAAAUUUCACACUUCCCCGGAAGAUUUCCAAGAACACGUGUUGCUUCACGUAGUUUGCCCUCGUCAAUCUUUUUUAAUGCGAUCGUCUCGAAACACUUUUUCUCAUUCCUAGUUCAAAUCUCUCUUUGUUUCUUUGCUUCGAAUCGAGUUGCUUUGCAAAAUUGCGACAUCCUCCUUCAAAUGCCUACAUGACAUUUGCAACUCUUGCCAAUGAGCAAUUAGUUCGAGAUUGGCCUCCGAGCAAGCAAAGAAUACAAAGGUUGGCCGAAAAUUGAACUGCACAACUUUGAUUCAUACUCUAAAAUGGAAGUUCCCGGAAGGGGAGAAAAAUGAACUUGGUAACCGGUAGAUUGUAUAGAUCCUUCUGUGGAGAAUUUGGCUCAAUCUUGAGAUCUCCUGAAACAAAUUUCCAUGUACUCGCUCCAAAUAGAUCAACUGAAAACUAAAUUUUUCGACUCUUUUCUCACUGAAAACUGACUUCGAUUCACUAUUUUCUCAAAGUUUAACAAAAAUGCAACAAUUUUUUCUUCGUUUCGCAGUUUCGCCCUCUCAACCGUGAACUUCGAAGCGCGGUAGCGGAACUUGACAUUUUCACAAAAUGUUCCUUUUUCUUGAAAAUCUGCUCAAGCAUAUAUUUGACACGUGGCGUGGAAGUGUUUCGGUCCAACAUUGGAAGGGAAAAUACGAGAAUACUGUUUCAUCUUGGUGGGAAAAUUUAAUAUUUAUCAACUUUUUUAUUCAAAGAGAAAGUUUUAAAAAAAUAAUCCUAAUCGCGGUUUCAAGUGGGGCGAAUUUCAUGGGUAUGAUUCAAAAAAAUAGUAUUUAUUUUUUUAUUGGUACAACAGAAAUGAGUUUUUCUUUUGAAAAAUUCCUGAUGGAAUUGACUCUAAAAUUCUACAUUUCAGUGAAAAAUGUUUCAAAUAUUAAUCAAUUUCCAAAAAAGCUUCUCAGACAUAUUUAGACCCAUGCUCUCGAAAAUCAGGAGCAAACGAAAAUGUCAAAAAAAGUAUCUUGUUUGGUGUCCACUAGACAAAAAUCUAUCGUUUUGAAUUUUUUCAAAUGUCAAGGCCAGUCGUAAAUCCACUUAUGGCACGUGGAAAAGCCCCGAUUCUUAAUCUAGGCGAUUUUAGCUGAUUGUUUUUUUUUCGACGAUUUUCCACAUCCAACUGCCGGACAUAAUCACAAGGUUCCGUAGGAUUGGCGGUUUUUUUCACGAUUUUUUUAUUUCUUCCAAGCUCAGCUCAUUCUGUUGGUUGUUCUCAAGCUGCUAUUUUAUGGCUAAUAAACCCAGUUUCGCUAUUUUACGACUCGCGGAAGCGCCUCUGAAAGUCCAGUUCCACCAUUUUCUGAUUUAAACCUUCUAUAGAGUUUAUCUUUUCUCAGAACCUUCACAAGUUUGAGGGAAAACCCAACAAAACUCGAUUUCCCGCCAAAAGUUUGCACGGAAAUUGCCCGGGGCCAAGUUGCCGACGAAGCAAGGUUAAUCCGCUUUCCUUUUUUUGGUGUUGCAACAUGUUUUAUGGGCUUUUGUUGUUCAAGAAAAUUACGUCUUUAUGGAGAUGCCGUUUUUAGCUUGCUCGUGGAGUUUGGGCAUUCUUUGACGAAAGAGGUCAUUUCACUCACAAAGUUGGAAUUUUUUCAAAGACUCUUCUAAAAUCUUGUAGAAGAUCUUCUGUUAAUAUUUACUAGUUACUCAAACUUAUAGUUUUGGGUUUUUAUAUUUUCAAAGUCGAGUACAGGGCCGAGGUACCAAAACCAAUAUCACGCAAUUUUCAAAUCCAUUUUUCUAUGAUAAAGGUUUUUACACGGAGAAUAUAUCUAGAAUAUCUAUGAAGUCAAAAACUGUUUUAGAUGGUUUUCAGAAAUUUCCCAGGCUUUAACGGAAUAUUUCCUCCUGUUUGAAGGCCCACACGGAAAAAUUGAACUUAAAACUUUAAAGAUCAGAAAAUCAGCAGAAAUAGAGGAUUUUUUUUUUUUGACAGAGAACGUUUCGUAUAAAAGCUUUUAUUGAAGUUGGACAAAAAUUAACGCACCGAAGGUUGAAUCAAAUUAGUUCUAAGAGUUGAUCAUGAACAUUUUUUUUUCAGAAUGUUCGUUUUUUCGAUCUCAGCUUAGAUCAAGCUUCGAAAAAGUUAGGUAGGUUUUGAAAAGUUAGGCGGAAGUAUCCUGAAAGUACAUUUUCCCACUGCGUUCUCAAAUCUCCUUUCAGAGUUGAGCGAGAAAAGAAUGGAUAGGUCCCGAUAAUUUAAAUUUUUCUUCCGUGCGCCCUGCUAAAAUGAUUGCUCGGAGUUGGUUUCUUCUUUUUUGCAAAAGAUGUGGUUUUUUGGUCUGAUCGAAGACCGCCAGAACUUUUCAUUCAUUUUCGUGGUGGCGCUAUUUCGGAGCGGCUCCUCACGGCGUGUAACUCGACACUUUUCGAAGAUCUUCUUGAGUCCACUGCGAUCUCGGCGGAAAUACACUCACUUCAGGCCAUCGGCUAGCAAAAAAUAAAGCAUACGGAGAGCUCAAUUGUCGCCUUUUCUUCGUCUCUUUCACUAUCAAAUUCAAUCUUCGUCCGUCCCAAAGUUAUUGACUAUUUUUCAAUUACUGGCUCUUUGGUUAAAAAAAAUCAAUUACUUGCAUUUUUAAAUUCUUUUUGCCCAACCAAGUUUGAAAAAAAAAAAUCAAUAUCUUUCGGAAAAUUUUAUUUCGAAUUUUGCAAGUUUAAAGUAGUGCUUGAGGUUUGAGGCGAGCAGAAAAAUAGUUGUGGAGAAAAGUAUCUUUUUUCCAACCACGAGUUGAUCUUUUAGACUUUCUUCGAGUCUUUUCAUAAACUAGCGAAAACUUUUUUUUUUCUCAAAACUUUUUCUAUCUUCCAACUGAUUUUUUAAAAGUGUAUCAAGAGGCUCAGAUUUCACCAAUAACUUGGACGUUGGCUAGCUUUAUUUAAAACAUAUUCGAGAAUCUGUGUUUUUAAAUUUAGAAUUUUUUUCAAAUAUAAUUUUUUCAGAGACAUGAAGGAACAAGAUGUAUAUCAAUGCCUCUAGAUCAACAAAAUUUUGAUCCUAUCAUGUAAUUUGAAAACGAUGAACAAUUUCUUCUCUUGCAGUAAUUGGCGCCUUCGAAGGCAAGGCGUUUUUGAACUUUUGAUAAUUUUCAAAGUUUCCUUUUUUUGAAUACUCUUCAUCGCUUCACCUUAUCUACGAUAGACGGGCUUUUCUAUUAUUUUAGCAAAUACUUUGUUAUCAAAACCCGCUUCUCUUCAAUUUUUCUUGCUCAAAACAAGUAAAGAACCUUUGAGAGACGAUUUAUAAAGUCGUGCGAACUUUCACCGAAUCGCAGGCGAAGACUGAUGACCGCCAUGUGCCCAUCAAUUACGUCGGUGUCUGCAGCUUUUCCUUCUGAUAGAUUUCGUUGCCCUGUGUGAUAUUUUCAUAGCGGAACCAACGGCUCCACUCCAUCGGUCCAUUGAGAACGAUCAAAAUAACCAAAUUUUCGCGCCUACAAAAACAUCCCCGAAAAUAUUUUGAGAAACAUUCAGCGUCUGCGACAAAUUGGGUUGUUUUGGUGUUAUGUUCUCUUUCUUUCCUGUGAAGGUCCCCUGGAGACGUGAGCCUUUUGUAGGAGGAAAGUGCGGCGAAGAGAUGAAUAACAAGACUUUGUAGUCUUUUUCGUCUUGUUUUUCAUUCUAUUUUUUGCUAAUUAAUCGGAAUAUGCCCUCAAAAAGGAUUCUGAUCAAGUCUUUGAAGUUUUUGAAGUUUUUCUAACAUAGUGUUAGAUGUAAUAACAGAAGAUCCUGGAAAUUUGAACCUGCAAAAUUUCUUCUUAUUCAAAAACGGACCGAUUUCUGACCUCUUGCACAGAUUACACUUCCAAAGUCUUUUUGAAGCAAUUUUCAAACUUUCUUGUAAAACGACCUUCCUCGGUAGGAACAUACUUAUUUUAACUGGAAGAAACUAUGGAUCUAGGAAAGUUACUUGAAACUCCAGAAAACGCGUAAGAAAAUCCAUUAGGUUUUUUUCGAACAGAUUCCAGAAUGAGAUUUUUGAAGGAAAAAGCUUAUACUUACUUAUUUUUCUAUUCUCCAUGUUUCAAAUAUUUCAGCUUGGUUCAAUACUGUUUUUGAAGACAUCUUUAACUUUUACGAGAAAAUUUUUUUUUCGAAGUAGAGCUUCGGCCGUUUUUUUCGCGCGAAGAAGCCCUCUUAUUGUGAAGAUUUUGUCGCCGUUUCAUUUUUUUUUUCGGCCGCAUCUUUAUUCAAUUUUUUCUUUUGCCUUUUUGUUUGGACACUUCAAUUUCCGUGGCCUAUUGCUUGUUUGCGAUUGUCGCGUAACUCAAUCUUGAAACAUUCUGAGAAACUUCAAAGAAAAUAAAUAUUUAGAAGAAGCUCGAACUUUAGUCUAUAGGAAACUCACUGUGAAUAUUCAAUUUUCGGUGCUUGAAUUUCGUACCGAACAUAUGUUAUUUACGUUCAUUGUGGGUGCUUGAGGCGUAUAAUUCCAGAUUUUAACGGUAGCUGCAAAAUUGUUGGGUGGAAUUAUAUAUUAUUUCUUCCCAUGCAGGGAAUGGAUAACUUUUUUUUAGUCAGUCUGCUAAUUUUGCCUCGGUUUUUUGAAAAAGUCUAAUCGGAUCAAUUAUGCUGCAUUUUAGCCUUCAGAAACCCAAUGAGCAUUUUUCUUUUUCAAAAGUCGGAAGCAAGAAGUAUCAUUCAGAAAGGUGCAGACUUGAGAUUAGUGAAGGAGGCCGACUUUGUCAGCUUUUCGAUAAAAUCUUCUCGAAAUGACCUUUUGCGUUUUCGCAAUCUAUUCAAGCAGAUAACAGAUUCAACUUAGAAUUCGGGAAAUUACGGAGAGGGUAAGAAAAGAUUGGUUUUUGUUUUCUGUUUGACUCGAACACGGAGGAAAGUGUCUGUGUGACAACAACACGGCCGCUUUUCCCAUCGUUUUCUACUUUUUUUUUCUCUCGUCGCUCCUUCAGAUCACCUCUAACAUGUUGAUUAAUUUGAUUACUUUUUUCGAGUGCUCUUUAUGUUGAACAAAAAAAGAAACGCCUUGAUGAUCGGAAGAUUUUGUUUUGACACAACUAUAGAGCUCCUUCCUCAUAGGUUCACUUACUUUAAAAGCAUCCCCGCGACUUGUCACUUGGGGGAUUCGUUACUUUUCUCCCCAAUUCUAAAUUUGUCUUUUUUGAAAAGAAUUAGGUUUUGCACUGAUAUUUUCCAACUCUUGAAUGGAAGGUCUUGCAAGAGUAUCUCGGAAAGGCAAUGGCCGAUUUUCUCAAAAACAACUCGAUCACUCGCCUGGGAAUUCUUCGGAACACUCUCCCCUAAUAAAUGUCGAAGAAUUCUUUCAGCCACCCGAAAACACUCCUAAUUAUGAAACCCUUUCUUCCACUUUUUGCCGCCUCUUCCUUAGAAACGCCUCCCAUUCAGAGGAUUCUUUUUGCAUGAAAAAUGGACGAAAAAGAGAAGAAAAAAACGUGUUUGAAAAUUUGAAGUUUUGCCGAGGACUCCUUGAAGACGCGGCAUAUUCUAUGCAAAUUCCUCUCCGCUUUUCCGCAGUUUUUCGCUUUUACACUCUUUUUCCAGCUGUUUUUUUGUUUUACUUCUCUGUGAGCUUCCUUGACAAGUCGACCAACUAGAAACAUUAGGCCUUUCAAGACUUCUUUUUUCAAAACGACGGCAAAAUAAAUAUUCAUUGCGUGCUCUAAGUGAUGGCAAAAAAAAAGUGGAUACAAUUUCAACACUUCUCAUAUUUCCUCAUGUUAAAUCUGUGGUACACAAGACGAUCCCCACUCUCAAAAACAACCAAAUGCGGCCUUCUUUGUCCCUCAAGUGGUCCCUCGCGACUCGUUGCGUCACUAAUCAUCUACAACACUUUGCAGCCUUUUCUUUUGUCGUCCAUGUCAAAUAUAUGCGCGAAAGCCGUCAUUGUCAGCCUUUUUCCCACGUUUUUGCCAUUCCGCACAAGCUUUUGGUAGUUCCUUAGCACUUUCUAGGUCUCACAGAGGCUUCACCUUUUUCGGCUCAUUUUGGACUCCAAUACAAAUUUUAUUUUUAUCUGCCAGUCAAUAAAUUUCCCAUUAUUCUUUUUCAUUUCUUCUUCGCUCGGCUUUCUGAAGAAUAUUAUUGAGAUCAAAAAAGUCGCCGUCGGGUCUUCAUGAAGAGAGUGUUCGCAUUAUAGUAAUAAGGAAGAAAGCUUCUUCUCUCAAGACUUUUCAUUUUCUUGAUUGCAGUACUGUUUCUCUCGAGGUAAAUCAGUUCCUUAUUCGACAAACUGGAAUGAGAAAAAAAUUGCUUCUCUGGGAAAUUUUUUUUUGUUCAAUCAAGUGAACUUUUGGCUAUACGACUUUUUGCGUUAAGAAAAACUUCCCUGUGAAAGUCUAUAACACAAAUUAAGGCUCUCAGCUCUUUUUUAGUUUUAGUUCUGUGAAAGGGAAAAUCGAAUUAAUUAGAAACGGAUCCGAUUACUAACUUUGCGCAUGUUUCAUUACAAUAAUUGUUUUAACGACUUUAUAAAUCUUCUUCUCACGUGUUCUGAGACAAUGAGGAUUGGAUUUAUUUUUCAAUCCAACUCCAAAAAAGACUGCUCGUAAUUUGAAAGCGGGAUACUCGAGCAAAUUUUUUUCUUCUCAUUGUCUUCAAAUUACAUUUAGUUGUUUUUUGAACGUUAAAAGCGUUGAAAUCUAUGGUGGGUGCUAAUUUUAGCCUCUUUUUGAAGAAUUUUUUUGAAUAUUUUUCUCACGACCCUUUAUCAAAAAGGAGAAAUUCGGAGAAAUCAGGGCGAGAAGAGGAAAAAUAAUAAUAAUUAAGCUUCGAGGUCCGUUUUUCUGCAGUAACAACGUCGAUUCCUAACUUUCUCCAGUCGUCUUUUUCCCCUCAACUUCCUUAUUUUUAGUUUCACCUUUUCUUUUAUUAAAAACAGGUGAGUAAUAUAGUUGUUCUAUAAUGCCGUUGUCUUGAACCUUUCGUUCGAAUAACUUGUGGGAUCCUUGCCACCGAAAAUCUUCCAAACUCUCUUUUGAAGUCAAUAGAACUUCUCAUUCAAAUUUUCAUCGUUUUUCCCGAUUCAGACUUUUAUAAAGCUCACAACUCUACUUUGAAGUUUCGAUUGAAAUUGACUCUUUAUCUCACAUUAAUGACUUUUUUUUUAAAGUACAGAUUUACAACAGCGAAAUAUGCUAAGCCAUGAAAUAACUUGAGCGCCAAAAUAUUAGAAACUGGAGAAAACUUUAAUCGCGUAGACUACUGAAGAGGUCACUAAUCGUUCGCCACUUGAGUCGCCACUUUUGGAUUACUGAAUAGACCAUUGAAGCGUCGAAACCCUCAAGUGGUCACCAAAAUUUUUUCUGGACAAUCAGGUUAUCCCUGUUCCUAAUACAUAUAAAUGACUCAGGUAUCCGUUUAAAGGUAAGUGGCUAGUCAAAAUGAGGUUUGCGUGUCAUUGAGCCAUUUUCUGAUAACUUUCCUUGUGAUUCAAAAAAUCUACUCAGUAUCCCAGAAAACUCCUUAUUUUUGGAGAAAAUAGCAAUUAUUGUGACUGGGUUUUUAUUUUUUUCAAUAUUUCAAGGAAAAAUUGUUGGGAAAUUCUAGGCUUUGAAAUAAGUCAUAUAAAUUUUGAGUUUGAAUAAUUUUUUUGACAAUUCUUCAAAUUUCAAUUGCUUUUUGGAUUCUCCACAUAAAUUUAUCAUUCUUAUGAGAUUUUUUUGAAAUGUUUUUUUAAAGCCUCAAUUUUUUCAUCUUUUCUGCUUUGGACAAGAGUUCGUGUGGCUUCUAUGUUUUGAUCCGGGAAGUCUGGAUGAAUCCCAACGGGACCAUUUAUUCACGCUCCAAUGAAUCAUUUAUCAGCUCUUAUUUGAUUAGAGCGCCUUCUUUUCCAAGAAGAAUAACUCUCCAAUCCUUGCCUUUUCUUGUCUUGGUAAUUAGUCUUGCACCCGAAGGACGAUGGAAAAAUUAUAAAGGUCUGGGCACUUUUCCUGUCUCAUGACUUUGUACUUUCGAAUUAUAAUAUUAUAUGGGAUUAUAAAAUUCGAAUAAAAUGUUAUACAGGAUUAGGAGCAUUUGUUUCCCUGCAAACGGGUAAAACAUUUAUUUUGUCUUUUGUGAGCUGCAAUGCGUGGGAUUAACUGCUCGAAUACCUAGUGAGUCAUUUUCCCUUGCUAUUACAAAGUUUCUUUUCAUUUAAAUCUACGCCUUCUUUUGCUAUAUAAUUCAAUUUAUUCGGUAGUUAUUACAACAAUUUUCUCUUUUUAAAACAAAAAAAAACGAUUGAGUUGAUGCUAUUUUCAAUAAUGAAAUAAAAAUUUGAUGAAUAUUUGAAUUAGUGUUCCGAACGCCGAAUUAUGUUGAAAGUUAAUAUUAUUUAUUCACAGACAAAUCAAAAUAUAAGGUACAAAAAGAUGGAAAAUUUUCUUCCCGAGAAGUUUACCUUUUCGAUGAAAACUGGGUCAACCCACUUUCUUAGUUUCUAGUUGAGCCUGAUAAAAAAUAGCAUAUCUGCUCUUGGAUUCAAAGGCAUUCCUUUAGCAUAUUUAUGCCCAGUAAGAUCAUAAAAUUCUAAAAAAGAAAGCGUCAAAGCUUCUAGUACGGCAAAAAAGGGUCUCUACAUUUCAAGGAACUUUCCCGCUUCAUUUUUUUAACAUUUCGGAAUUUUGAGUCCGUCUGUGCGAACUCAGUAGUGAUUUAUCUGAAAAUAUAAUGAAGCUUACAAGUUUUGAAUGAGAAAUUUUCAGUUUUGUGUGGCGAUUACUCAACUUUUUUCACAUUCUCCCACGUUUUCAACAAAAAGUCCUGCGUUUUCUCGAUAUUUUUCGUCUUUUAAAUAUCAUUUGUACUUCAUCCACCGCAACGUCUUCUGAAACUAUGUCAAGAUUUUAUCUUUUGUCGCCUUCCGGAAAAUAUAUUUUCUGAAACUGGAAGCUGCAGGAUGGUGUCGACGCGGACGCUGACGUGGACCUGCGUCCUGAUGCAGUUGGUCGGCAGCUGCGUCUGUCUCAUCGCGUCUCUCGCCGUCAUCUCCGCCAAGCUCAACAGCGUCUCCAUCUACCCCGACAAGCAGUACGUCAGGUAUCCACUUCUUUUUUCUUGGUCAUUUUAUGGGGAGUGUUUCGUUAAAAUAUCAUAAUUUUUUCCACGGUUUUUCGGUGUUUAUUCUAUCUCUGCUGUGGAGAAAUUAACGUUUGAUCGAGGCUCACCUCUUUAAAAGCUAGAGAGCACUGACGUCUGCUCUCUCUGAAUUUCCGAAAUUCGAACGUAGACUUUUCUGAAGAACCAGACUAAAAAGGAAAUCAUGCAAAUAGUUGAAAUGAAGUUCCACAGUUUUUAGCAGAACUCCGUUGCGCUAAGGUCCUCCGUCCUCUAUAAAGAAGUAGCAAUUUAUGCUCGAUUUCCUAACAAGCUUGAAACUAGAAAAACUUGCUCUCAAAAAGGUAAAACGGGAUAUUUUCCAGCAUAGAGUGGUGGUCCUUCUGCGUGUUGAGUUUGCUGAUGAUCGUCUGCACCGUCGGCGCCAUGAUAGGUCUUUCGAAUCAUAAAAAACCGUUGUUGAUCCCGCACAUUGUCGUUUUGGUGAGUUAAGAUUCGACGAGAGUGCUUUAAUCGAGAUAUAUAAGUUUUGAACAGUUUUGAGGACAUUUCUAAAUUUUUAAAAAUUAAGUAUCAGUAUGUCUCACAUAAAAAGUUUGUAGAGACUGCAGCGUAAAACAAUUUAAAAAUAGAAAUAUUUUUGAGGUUCCCUCAAUAUUCAAGUUACUUUUUCAGGCGAUUUGCUGCACAUUUGGAUGUCGAGUUUUAUUUUGGAUCAUAGUAAAUUACGACGUUUCUGAUUUCAAUUGGCAUAUCGGUCUCGUUGCAGCUCUUUCUGCAGGUUUCUUUUUUUCUGGAUACCAUAACUUGUUUUAUAUUCUAACAUAAAAUAAUAAAUAUCCUAAGUUUUUAAUAUAUUUAUGAUCUCUCUAGAAAAACUUAUUUUGCAGAAUUUUUUUUGCUGGUCUGUCUGGCCUUCGAAAUCCGCACAUUACAAAGGAUGACGUAGACGCUUUUUUGUGAGUUUUCUUUUCAUUUCCAUCGCCUUAUCAGCCCCUUGUUUUUGCCCCUGCUUCUGAAAUAACCAGGUCGGCCGACGUAAUCAAACUCUUUUGGCAAUAUUUUGGAUGGCUGGCGGAAAUCGAAUAGAUUGUAUUUAUUGAAAGGUUAUGACGAAUUGAGAAGGAAAUGCAGUUUUUCCGUCAUGCCGGGAAUAUUUUUAGGGGCCACUUUAGCGUUUUGACUUUUAAGUUGCCACUAUAACGGUCUAAUUGGGAACCACUUGUGUGGUCUUUUUAGAAGUCUGAGUGGUACUACUAGAUCAUUGAAAACUACUAUAGAGGCGACUGAGGCGAAAAAGAGUGGCUCCUGUAGAAGUGGUUCUAGUGGCCACUUUGGGGCCUCCGAGUAGUCUUUGAGAAACCUCUCAAGCGGCCACUAGAAUUUUUCCCAAAUGCUUCAAAAACUUUUUCAUUUUAGCGACAAACCUCGUACUAUCUUUUCUUUAUAUGUAUGAUUUUUUGGAAAUAUCAAAAUUGAGCUCUUAAGUGGUCACUUCCCUCUGGCUUCCAUCACCUGUCAGUUGAACAAGAUUCAAAGUUUUCCUCUGCAUCGGUAGUUUACAGGCGACGGCGGCGGGUGUCGCGUUUCCAAACAACGGACAGCCCAGUCGUGGCGAUGUCGCAGAGACAGAGCGACAACGCCUCCAAAGGUCCCCUUCUCGCCUGUUUCGUCGCUCAGAUCGUCAUCUCGACGUUCGCCGUCGCCGAAAACGUCGUCGUCAUGCGGAUCCCCGAGCACGAAUUCGUCCUUCCGGAGACAAAGUCUGGAAUUUAUUCGGUUUCAGUCUCAAAACCAUCUUCAGGACGGCGACCAUGAUCACGGGAACUUUCUUCAUCGUCUACGUCUUCUGUUCGUUUUUCGCCUUGUGUGCCUUGUUCGCCAAUUCGUCGCUUUUCAUCUACGUCCAUCUUUUUUUUAGUGUUGGUUUUUUUUCUAGGCUUUUUUUUUACUUUGGAAACAUCAGAUAGUACUGAAAGUUAUUUUUUUAAAUCAAUUAAGAUCAAAAAUCUUCCAUUUUAAUUACAUAAAAAAAGGCCGUCCUAAUCUUGAAAAAUAUAUUUCAGGAUGUUGUAUUUCAAAGAAAAAGAAAAAUUUAUUUUUUUUCGUUUUAUUAAAAAAAUAAUUAUUGACUAAUUCGGCAUCCUACAAAGAACUUGAUCCAAACUUCAAAAUUCAGAACUUUUAUGAAGUUUUCUUGCAAAACUGCUGUUAGAAGGUAGCACGAAAAAAUCAGAAAGAUUGUCAGAAAUUGAACUUCCUGAGAAGCUACAGCUGAAAUAGGUUUGCAGUUAGUGAUGGAAACGGGUUUCGCGGCGAUGCUAGCUGUGAUGGUGGCGGUACAGCCGGGUUGGCCCGUCCAGCUCCUGAUCUUCGUCCUCAACCUCGCCAUGAUCCUCACCAUUUACUACGAGUUCAAGUUUCUUCGUGUCCUUAAGAAAUUAUCGACCUGA